AUGUACAAGGGAAUAUUAGCUGAUAAUCGAAUAGUUGCCAUUAAAAAGUCAACAAUUGGAGAUCCUAGCCAAGUUGAACAAUUCAUUAAUGAAAUAAUGGUGCUCUACCAAAUCAACCACAAGAAUGUUGUCAAACUCCUUGGAUGCUGUUUGGAGACACAAGUUCCACUGCUAGUUUAUGAAUAUAUCAUCAAUGGAAACGUUUUUCAUCAUUUGCAUAAUGAUGAUGCUGCCUCCCAUCUUUCGUGGGAGACUCAUUUGAGAAUCGCCACUGAAAUAGCUGAAGCCCUUUCUUAUUUGCACUUUGCAGCUUCUAUUCCAAUUAUUCACUGUGACAUCAAGCUGGCUAACAUACUGUUAGAUGAAAAUCACACUGCAAAAGUUUCUGAUUUUGGUGCUUCGAGAUUGAUCCCAUCCGAUCAAGCACAAAUAACUACAAUUGUGCAAGGAACUUUCAGUUACUUAGAUCCUGAAUACAUGCUUACAAGCCUUCUUACUGAAUAG